ACCUCCACCCGACUCGACACGAGUACACGACAACACCUAGCCCUAAUCCCUGCUCCCUCGGCGGCGCGCCGGCGGCUCCCUAGUCUCUCCGGUGGCCGUCUCCUCACGACCUCGCCAGUUCGCCGCCGAGUUCCGCCUCCCGCGCGCGCUCUCCCCCGACAAGAGUUCCGCGGACGCUCGUCGACCAGCUCGGCCUGUCCCGCGCCGCGGACACCAUCUGCUCCUGCGUUUUGAUUGGGAGAUUUUGUUUCCCUCUGUACAUUGGAGAUAAUCAUCGGUCGGUUCGAGAAGAAAGUGCAGAGAUUUGCUGGAAUACUGUAUGGAGUUUUGAUACGAUUGAAAAGCAAGAUCCUUUUGGUAUUUUCCAAUGAUUGAUCUCUUUUGAUCUGGACAGCAGAUGGUCCUGGUAAUCUAAAAUUAAAUUCAGCUGCUGAUACUUUGUGAAGUACAAAUAUCAGCUGUCCAAGGCGGCGAUCCUUUGGAAUUAUUUCUGCUUCAGGAAUUGCUGCAGAGCUAGGCAUUCCACUAACCCAUCGAGGUGUUGCUACCAGGUAACUCGGCACCCACCAUUCAUCCAUCUGCAAUGGAAGCCAAGUUUUUCCGGUUUCUGAAGCUUGUUGGGGUUGGUUUCAAAGCAAGGUCAGAGUGCCAAGGCCGUGAGUUGUUUCUGAAACUGGGCUAUAGCCAUGAAGUGCAGUUCACUGCUCCACCUGCUGUUCGUGUCUUCUGCUUCAAACCCAACAUAAUAUGCUGCACCGGCAUUGACAAGGAUAGAGUGCACCAGUUUGCGGGCGCUGUCCGAAGCUGCAAACCUCCAGAGGUGUACAAGGGGAAGGGCAUAUUGUACAUUGAUGAAGUUAUCAAGCUGAAGCCAGGGAAGAAGCAAAAGAAGUGACGACGCAGAGACAGAUCGUUAUGUUCUGUUCUUAACCUCUUUAAGAUUGAUCCUGCAGCACAUUUGUGGCAACGCAAAUUUGAUGUGCUUUUCUUGUGAUAGGCAUAUCAUCAUUGCCCCAGACUCCCACACUGGAAGGCAUCUAAUGAAUGUUUUAUGACCAUGCAUAGGAAUAAGUUACCACUUCAAUUUUUUCGCUUGAGCUCGAACCUUGCCUUGCAGAAUGGAUUGCCGUUCUGUGUGGACCCUUACCUGUCAAAAUUAUAUUUUGGGAGAUAUUGCAAAUUAAGGGUGAACGUGAUCCAGGUCCAGGAAAUAGAUGCAUGUUGUAACAUAUGAUUUAUACCUGCAAAUAUGUUGCAGGGUCGCUACUCUACCUCAGUUUUAUCUCCCCUUUUUUUGUCCUGUA